AGCCCUCCAAAGCUCCAACUGCAGGGUCUUCCCUGUGCUUCCACAGACACCUGCUCUCCCUUCAUGCCUGCUGUCACUUGUCACCCAUUGCUCUUCAGAGCACUGGCACUUGUAACAGUGGGGGGGACUAGUGCUCCCUGCCGGGCUUGCCCCAUGGCGCCCUAGUAAGGUGCGGCAAGUGCAGCGGGAUGCAUGGCAUCGGUCAUGGACUGAGCAGGGCAGGGGCAGAGUCCAGAGCUUGGGGACUUUUGGCCCCUCUUCCCACUGCCAAGGGGCAGUGCAAUGGCAAGCUGUGCAGCUGUUUCGCAGCACGGCUAGAAACCAGCACGUCUUAGUGCAAUCAGGGCUGGGCUGAUCCCAGAGGAGGCAAAAGUCCAAGGGAGUGAUUGAUUUUACAGCACGCAUGUCAUGGGGCUGGGCUGCCCCUCACCCCCUUGCCAGAUCCAGACACCCCAACAGCGUUCCCCCGCAGGGUGUCCCCUCACAGGGCUCCCUGGCUGAGCACUGGGGCAGCUCCUGGCGCAAGCUGCUGACGGAAAAGCGAAGCGCCAGAGCGAGCCGUGCGCUGGCUUCCUGCCCCACAGCCCCUGUGGGAGGAGUGACGGCGGGGGGGUAGGCCACUCACCGCCAUACGCCAUAAAUCCAGGCUGCGCUGAUUGCGGCAAAGGGUCGGAGGGCGGCAUGGCGAGGCGAGUGGCCAUCAUCGGUGGAGGCAGCAGCGGGCUGUGUGCCAUCAAAGCCUGCCUGGAUGAAGGGCUGGAGCCCGUCUGCUUUGAGAGAAGCGGGGACAUCGGGGGGCUAUGGAGGUUUGAGGAGCAGCCCGAGGAGGGCCGCGCCAGCAUCUACCGCUCUGUCAUCAUCAACACUUCCAAGGAGAUGAUGUGCUUCAGUGACUUCCCCAUCCCCGAUGACUUCCCCAACUACAUGCACCACUCCAAGAUCAUGGAGUACUUCCGCAUGUACGCCCGGCACUUCGACCUGCUCCGACACAUCCGCUUCAGGACCAGUGUGUGCCGUGUGACCAAGCGCCCCGACUUCGCCGCCACGGGCUGCUGGGAGGUGGAGACCGAGAGCGAGGGCAAGCAGGAGUCAGCCAUCUUCGACGCCGUGUUGGUGUGCACUGGGCACCACACCGAUGCACACCUCCCACUGCACGCCUUCCCUGGCAUUGAGAAGUUCAAGGGCCGCUACCUCCACAGCCGUGACUACAAGGAACCCCGGGAAUUCAUGGACAAGAGGGUCGUUGUCAUUGGGAUUGGGAAUUCAGGGUCAGACCUGGCCGUGGAGAUCAGCCAGACAGCCAAGCAGGUCUUCCUCAGCACCCGCCGAGGUGCGUGGAUCUUGAACCGCGUUGGACAGCAGGGGUACCCCAUUGACACCAUCUUCACCACUCGCAUGAAGUCAUUCUUGCAGCACCUGAUGACCUCCUCCAUGGCGAGCGACUACGCAGAGAAGCAGCUGAACAUGAGAUUUGACCACGUAAACUAUGGCCUGAAGCCAAAUCACAGGGUCCUCGACCAGCACCCGACCAUUAACGACGACCUGCCCAAUCGCAUCAUUUCAGGCAGGGUGCGGGUAAAGCCGAACAUCAAGCAGUUCACAGAGACAUCUGCCAUCUUUGAGGACGGCACUAGGGAAGACAUCGAUGCUGUGGUCUUUGCCACAGGGUACAGCUUCUCCUUCCCCUUCCUUGAGAGCUACGUAAAGGUGGUGGAGAACCAGGUUUCUCUCUACAAAUAUGUGUUCCCUGCUGACCUGGAGAAGCCGACGCUGGCUUUCAUUGGCUACAUCCAGCCUCUGGGAGCCAUCAUGCCCAUCUCAGAGAUGCAGUGUCGCUGGGCCACCCGAGUCUUCAAGGGGCUGAACAAACUGCCACCGAGGCAUGACAUGGAGGCUGACAUCAAGCACAAGAGAGAGGAGAUGGCCAAGCGGUACGUGGCCAGCCGGCGGCACACCAUCCAGGUGGACUACAUUCCCUACAUGGACGAGCUCGCCUGCCAGCUGGGCGUCAAGCCCAAUCUGCCAGUGCUCUUCCUCACUGACCCGAAGCUGGCCCUGGAGGUGCUGCUGGGGCCCUGCACGCCCUACCAGUACCGCCUGCAGGGCCCAGGUGCAUGGCAGGGUGCCCGGGCAGCCAUCUUGACCCAGCAGCAGCGCGUUGACCAGCCCCUGCGGGGUGCAACUGGGCACUCAGGGCCACGCGGCAGCUCUGUGCCACACAUCUUCAAGGUCUUCUUCAGCCUCGGACUGAUUGUGGCCACACUUAUCUACGUCUCGCUGUCCCCUUAG